CGUAGAAGUUUAGGAAUUCAAAGACAUUUGACUUCUUUUAAAUGCAAUAGCCAAAACCAGCCUGUGUAUUUUAUGGUGGGGCUUUUUUGACUGACGAACUACAUUCUCUAUUGUCAAAUUAGUUGAAAUGGGCUAUAAGAUAUUGCUACUUUUCCACCGAGACGCUGAUGCGAUACAAUGACAUAGUGGGCGAGGCUCGUUGUCAUGUACUGGUUUGUACACUUAUCCGGAUACUCCAAUGUGGCUCUCGGUCAUUUUCGGAGCUGGGAACUGAAACGGGUUAACCGCAAUGAUAAGCGCACCAGAGUCCGAAGGUUGAGUGAAACCGAACAACACAAAGAGCGAUUAGCUGCACACACAGCACCGAUUCUUGCUGGCUGUGCACGACACCAACGCGAGGAGCCACGACGGAUAAGAACUUUCCCACAAUGGGGACUCCGAGGAACGGCACGACGAAGGAAAGUUUCAUUUUGUCUGUGGAUGUGGGCACGACGUCAAUCAAAUGUCACGUGUAUGACAAGCGGGCAAAAAUUCGUGGAUCUUCCUCCACAGAGGUUCUUCCGCUGUACCCGAAGGCAGGGCAUGUGGAGCUUGAUCCAGAUGCCCUGUGGAAAGGCUUCAUCUCUGUGGUGAAGUGUGCUGUGCAAGAUGCAGGAGUCCAAAUGCGUCAGAUGAAGGCUCUCGGUAUCUCUACUCAGCGAGCCACCUUCACAACAUGGGACAGGAGAACUGGUGUUCCGUUUCAUAAUUUUAUCACCUGGCAGGACCAGAGAGCAGCAGACCUCGUGAGAUCCUGGAACAGAUCUUACACUAUGAAAGCGAUCCACGGUGUGACAAAGAUGCUGUACUUCCUGACCAGGCAGAAGCGGUUACUUUCAGCAAGUCUGAUUAUCUUCUCCACUCAACAUAUCACCUUCCGCCUUGUCUGGGUCCUGAGAUACUACAAACAGGUUGCUCAAGCAGUGGCAGAAGGGAACUGCUGCUUUGGAACAGUUGACACCUGGCUCUUGUUUAAACUGACUCAAGGAGUGACUCAUGCCACAGACUACUCAAAUGCAAGUGCGACAGGGAUUUUUGACUCUUAUCAGAUGUGUUGGAGUCAGUUUCUGUGUUCUCUGGUCUCCCUGCCUCUCUCCAUUUUCCCAAAAGUAGAAAAUACAGACCAUGAAUUUGGUUUCACAGACCCGUCCAUAUUUGGAGUAUCCAUUCCCAUUAUGUCAGUGAUGGCGGACCAACAGGCUGCCAUGUUUGGAGAGUGCUGUUACAAUGUCGGUGAUGUGAAGAUCACCAUGGGAACAGGAACCUUCAUGGACGUAAACACCGGCCGCAAGCCUCACACGUCUUUGGCUGGUCUUUAUCCAGUUGUGGGGUGGAAGAUAGGCUCAGAGUUGGUCUAUCUGGCUGAGGGCAACGCAGCAGAUACUGGAACUGCCAUUAGAUGGGCUCAGGAACUGGAUCUCUUCUCUGACGUGGAGGACACAAGCACCAUGGCUUACAGCGUCAGUGACUCAGACGGCGUGUGUUUCGUCCCGUCUUUCAGCGGCCUGCAGGCUCCAUUGAAUGACCCCAAAGCUUGCGCUUCCUUCAUGGGCCUCAAACUUUCCACCACCAAAUGUCAUCUGGUGCGUGCCAUUCUAGAAUCUAUUGCCUUCAGGAACAAGCAACUAUAUGAUACGAUGCUAAGAGAAACCAACAUUCCCAUUACCAAGAUCAGGGUGGACGGCGGGGUUUCCUCAAAUGACUUCAUCAUGCAGCUCACUGCAGACCUGUUUGGUAGGAAGGUCGAGAGAUGCCGGCACCGUGAAAUGUCCUGUCUGGGGGCUGCUUUCGUAGCUGGGCUUGGUGUGGGCUACUGGAAAACCCGCGAAGAGGUGAAGAAGCUUCACAGCGCAGACAACGUGUUUUGUCCCAAAGGAGUCGGCGGUGACGGUGCCAGUUCCCAAUACACGCCCAUCCUCCAGAGCUGGGAAAGGGCCCUCCGGCGCUCCAUGUACUGGUACAAGAAGCCUUGACAUCGGAUCCUCUACCAGACUAAUAGUGCUUUGUUUUAUGUGUACUUGGAAACCAAAGAGGGUCCAUAUUGACACGUCACCGUGGGGAUCAUGUGAUUAAUUUCUCUCAUAUGCAAUGGACAUGUUUACAAAAGUUGCCACACGGGGGUACUUUGCAACAGUUUUCAUGAAUAAAUGCCCCCCUUUUCAAGCAAAUCCCACAUAAGACAGUAUAAAUAAAGAGUAGAAAUUCCAGUCCCUUUCAGGUGAUGGGAAAGUAACAUCCCUCGACACCUGGAUCACCUAGGCUUUGUACAAUCUGAACACACUCACUGGAUCCGUCCUCAUAUUAUAGCACCUACAGCAGGGGUGCUCAUUAAGUCGAUCGCGAGCUACCGGUCGAUCGCGGAGGUGGUACUGGUCGAUCGCUGGUCGAUCGCGGCGUGACAUUAAAAAAAUAUCAUCCCAGCAUCAAUGCCGUCACUUGAUUGAUAUACAGGGCAGCCAUUCAGAUGACAACUGAAUGUUGCCCUUCGGGCGACCAAUCAAAUCAAACAACGUCUCUAAGUGCAGCAGAACUUACGAUGUCAGCCUAUCAUCCAUCCCCGUUACUUGAUUGACAUACAGGACAACCAAUCAGAUGACAACUGAAUUUUGACCUUUAGGUCACCGCUCAUGCGUAAACAGCGAUGCAAAGUGCUAAGCUAGUCGGCGAAUUGCGUCAGAAUUCAAGUCCUCGCUAAAGUUUAUGGUCACUAAAAUGAGUGAAGGAGCUGGACCAAGUAAAAAGGCAAAAACUGGACCAAGUAAAAAGGCAAAAAACAUAUCACUUCCAUACGGAUAUGGAAUAUUAUACGGAUAUUGUGAUACGGAUAUUAUCCAUGACUGAUAAACAUUUGGAAGUGUGCUUGAGGCUGGCUAUCAGCAGCUACUGUCCGGACUAUGCAUCCCUGGCUGGUUCAAUUCAGUGCAAGUCAUCAAAGUAAACUCAGGUAAUUACAAAAAAUGUUAAUAGUUAAUUAUGUGUGUUUUGCAAUAUUGGCUCAUUUGGUUAUGUAAGGUACAUCAACAUACAUUGUACGUACAAAUAAUCCUCAAUACAUUUGAAAAUAAAUAGAUGUUUUGCAUUUUUGUAGUGGGUAGAUCAUUUUGACUCGCUCAUUUUAAAAGUAGCUCGCAUGCUGAAAAAGUGUGAGCACCCCUGACCUACAGCAUACUUGGUAUGUAAAAACGUAUCCUGAGUCACUGUUUCUAGACUAGUAAGCUGAUUGUCUGACAUAUUAUUUUUGAAGCAGAUUUUUUCCCAUGACAAUUGACUGGAAUAUGGGGAACUAUGGGGGGCCUUACCGUGAUUUACUGUGCCUUUAUCUGUGAGUCUUGUGGAUUACCUGAUAUUAACUUGUUGGUUUGAAUUCACUUAAAAUUCCCUGCAUAAAUGCAUAUUUACAUAUAUGUAUCUCUAGUGUGUUAUCGUAUAUGUAUAUCUCUAGUGUGUUAUUGUCAUGACAGUAAUAAUAAUAAAUCAUUUAAAAGCAGAAUGUGAUGCAAUAUCAGCAUGCUUUGACAGAGUUUGGACUGUUGGAAGCCAGUGGCGUCGGCGCGUGUCUGUCAUGAGACUGACUUGACAUGCCCUCACAUACGCACUCGUCACUUGUGGUGAUGGUGGUUUGUGUAGGACAUCUGCAAUAUAAAAAUGUGUGUACAUUUACACCACAAUAAAUGAUUACAUUUGUUCUGUAUGUGGACGAGUGGUUUGCGCGCGGGCCUCACAGCGAGGAGAUCCGAGUUCAAUUCCACCCUCCGCCAUCUCUGUGUGGAGUUUGCAUGUUUUCCCCGUGCAUGCGUGGGUUUUCUCCGGGUACUCCGGUUUCCUCCCACAUACCAAAUUGUCCAUAGGCAUGAAUGUGAGUGUGAAUGGUUGUUUGUCUAUAUGUGCCCUGUGAUUGGCUGGCCACCAGUCCAGGGUGUACUCCGCCUCUCGCUCGAAGACAGCUGGGAUAGGCUCCAGCACCCCCGCGACCCUCGUGAGGAUAAGUGGUAGA